AUGGGUCUUGCACUCUGGCUCUCACCCUUCCACGACGAUGAGGUCGAAGACCUCGGCGGCCUUAUCAACGACCUCGCAAACGAGUUUGACGCCCUGAAGUUUGGUCCCCAUGUCACCCUCCUUUCAGGCAUUCCAUCCUCCGCCCCCGUCUCAAGCGUUCUCGACUCGCUCUCUUCUGCCAUCGCAACCUGGCGAACAACCCACCGACCUCCCCUCCGGCUAUCCUUCCGCGAACUCGGUACCAAGGCGGACGAACAGAACUUCUUCCAGUACCUCUUCGCCAAGAUCUCGCCCGACGAGCCGCUCCUCGCCUUGCGAAAGGCAGUUCGAGAUGCUUUGUUGCCUGAAGUUGCGGUACGACAGCCGGAAGACGAUUAUUUCCCGCACCACUCGCUGAUGUAUGGCGUGGACAAUGAGAAACGACGGGCGAAGGACAUCGUUCAACGACUGGUGGAGGACGGGACGAUGCGGACGAUUGAAGGUGGAUGGCAUGCGCUGAAGGGACAGGAAGGAAUCGAGGUCAAGGAGGUGCAGGUCUGGAUGUGCGAGGGCAAGCCCGAGGAAUGGAAGCUGGUCGGCAGGGUGCCGCUGUAG